AGGAGGGGGGUGGAGAGAGAGGGAGACAGGCUGUCCAGCCGAUGGAAGCAGAGCUGGGAGACGGGACACGCCUGGCCUGAAGGAGGGCUGCUCCUCUCUUUUUUACUAACGCAAACACACACACACAUACACACAAACACACACACACACAAUCACAGCAUCGACAGAGGAAGGAAGGCAGAGAGUCGGGAUAAAAUCCCAGGAGUCUGAGUGCCUGUCAACCUGCAGCCAUGGCCGAUGCGGACUCUUUGAGUGAGGCGCUGAAUGCCAUCAGUGUGAGUACAGAGUUGAUAGAGGAGGAGCUGAAGCCUCAUCUGGACACUCUGCUGGCCAUGCUACUGGAGAAGAAGAAGGGUGCAGCUGUGGAAAUCGCCUCCAGUGGUGUCCUGCCCACGCUGGCCCAGUCCCUCCGGAGAAAAAGCCCGCUGACCAAUCAGGUGGCUCUGGUUGUGGCAGAGAUGGCCAGAGAAGCGGCUGUGAGGGACCCAUGCAUCGAUGCUGGGCUGGUGACAGUUCUGGUGCCCCUGCUGAACAGCACAGACGAGGAGCUGCUGCUUCACACAGGCCGAGCCAUUGGACGGAUCUGCUUCGACAACACGGCCCAGCAGGAUGAGCUGGUGCACAGUGGGGUCAUCCCCAGGCUGGUGGACAUCAUGAAGCUGCACCCAGAGAACGACCCACUGGUCAACGUGUGUCUGCUGGCCCUCUGUAACCUGGCCGACAUGGACACGGCCCGGGAAGCGCUGGUGGAGGUGGCCGUGGCGGAGGUCCUGACGGCCCAGCUGAAGCGGGCUCCUGACGCGGAGAGAAGACACCUAAUACUGGAGGUGUUGGGCUCGCUUGGGGAGAGUGACAUGCUAAAGCUCCAGUUUGUGGAGUCGGGUGUGCCCGAGGCUCUGUCGGAGAUGAUCAGGGGGCUACAGGGGGGGUCGGACCCCCAUGAUCUCUGCAGCAUCAAGAUUGCUUCUAGCCUCAUCGUGUCUCUACUGCUGGGAGACGAGUCCAUGCAGAAGUGUUUUGGCGAGGGCAAAGGGGUGGUGUACCAGGACGUGCUCUCCUGGCUUCAGUCCUCCAACAAUCAGCUUCAGCUGUCUGGAGCCCUGGCCAUUGCCAACUUUGCCAGAAAUGACAGUAACUGUGUGAAGAUGUUGGAGCUGGGGGUGGUGCCCCACAUCCUGACUCUGCUGGAGCAGCAUGUCGACGAGGGCGACGUAUCUGUCCAGCAUGCUGGACUGAGCGCGCUCAGAAACCUGGCCAUCCCAGCCAGUAAUAAGGUGAGGAUGCUGGAGGACGGGGUAACAGAGAGGAUCAGGACCUUGCUGCGCUCUGACAUGCCCCCGGUGCAAUUUAAACUCCUGGGCACUUUGCGCAUGAUGGUGGAUGGACAGGAGAAUGCAGCUACGGUUCUGGGUAAAGAUGAGGUUCUGUUGUCCAGAGUCAUGGAGUGGUGUGAGGCACGGGACCAUGCAGGGGUCAGGGGAGAGGCCAACCGCCUCCUGGCUGCUCUUAUUAGACACAGCCGCGCCCCGGAAGUUAUCAGUGCUGUAACCAAAGCAGAUGGGGUGCGACACCUCAUCUCCAUGGCAACCAGUGAACACGUCAUCAUGCAGAACGAAGCCCUGGUUGCCCUGGCAAUUGCAUCUGCCAUAGACAUUGACUCCAUGGAGGAAUCAUUCCGGAAGGCAGAGCUCUUGCCCACACUGCAGAAGAUGCUAGAAGACCCAGUGGGGGCGGUUGAGUUCAAGUUCAGUGCCCUUGGCCUCAUCUGCAGCCUAGUCAACUCCAGCACAAUGAAGGAAGAAAUGGAAUCUCUAAACCUGAAGGAGACACUCACCAAGCUGUCUGGUCACUCCAGCACCAAGCUAGCCACACAGGCUGACACAGUGCUGGCCAUGCUUUGUGAAACCAGCUAGACUGACCUGACCACCAUGUGGUCAGUGUAACCAUAGACUCUCAGCACCCCAGGCCACCACAUCCAUCCCUACUAUAGUGACCACACCGUCCUACCUAUCAAUCGCACUUUACCAAAAGACAACCCAACUGUCGCACUAACGAAGGAUAAGAGGUGGAGUUCAAAAUGAGGCAGAUAUCGGCUAUUAAGAAUCUUUGAAGCUGGGUUUCCAUUCCCUUGGCUUAUGUAGAAUUUAAUAAAUACUUGGCCAGUGUUAUAAGCACAAGCUGAAUGAGUCUGCCCAUGGAAAUGCACAUGGACUACGACCUCCCUGGUUCACCAGUCAUGACCAUUUGUAUAAAGAGUAUUUGUGUAUGAAAUAGCUACUGCAAUCAGUAUGCCAAUCCAUUCUAUGUACACCAUGUAGAUUUCCUGUAGGGAACUGUGUAUAUUAUGAAAGGAAAUGUGUAUACUCUACUGUGUGGAUGGCUGUUGUUUCAUUGACUCUAAUGUGCUCAGUGGAGAACAGAAAACUAACAUCUGCCACUGUCGUUUAAUGUGAUGUUCCAACUCUGCUCUGUAUGGACCAAUGUUCUUGUUAUGACCCUGGUUGUCUCUGUGGAUCGCAUAUAUCUCCAGUGUACAGUACAAAACAAAGCAUUCAAAGCAAUAUCUCAAUCGUAAUGUGUUACCAAAGUACAUUCUAAUUGUUUAAACUGUGCAUAAGAAAUCUAAUCUGAUUAACAA